AUGAACCCAUUUAGCUCAUGCACGGGUGCUGCUAGACAGUUCUCCUCCUCGGUGGUUUCUCUCAGAGACUCCAUGUUCAAGAUCACGAGGUAUGCCAAACCACAGAGCCAUGCCGUGUACAAGGAGGGUGAUAAACGUCCCGGCUUCACGGUCCCUCGUUACAAGAAGCUUUACCCAGAAUAUGAUUACGAGACAAUGUACUUCAAAAGACAGAAUAGAGGCCUCUUUGCUGGUCUACAGAGGAGAUCCCACAGGUACGAAACCGAGAGUAAGGUGAAGAAUCUCACUGCUCAGGUUCCUAACGUGGUGAAGACCAAACUAUGGUCUGAAACAUUGAACCGUCGUAUCGCCACCAAGGCCACCACCACAGCAUUACGUACCAUCAACAAGGACGGUGGUUUGGACAACUACUUGCUUAAAUCAACGCCUUUGAGAAUCAAAACCAUGGGAUUGAAGGGUUGGAAAUUGAGAUACGACAUUUUGAAGAAAAAGGAGAUCGAAGAACUCUCCCAGGGCUCGUCCCAGACUAUCUACCAUGUUCUGGAUUCCGGUAAGAAGAUUACCGUUGGUAGAAAGAAACUCCUUGAAGCAUUGUACCCAUACGUGUACAGAGACAACUACACGCCUACUCCAUGGAACCGCUUCCUCAAGGCCCACACUGUGUUGAGCACCGAAGAACUCGUGCAGAAGUUGGAAUCUUACAACCACGACUUCUCUGAGAUCACAGUUUAA